AUGAUGAAAGACGACACAUCUUCCCUGGAAUCCGGAGAAUCACCUUCUAGCAACGAGGAAGGUUGUAGCCUCAAUAAUUCUAUAACGUCUUUUCUUCAUAGGCUUCGACAUAUGCCGGAACAGAAAAAGCAGCAAUUAGUCUCCAAUUCUGUAGCAAUUGUUAGAAAUACAGGAACUCCCAAAUCUAAUGGAAAUUGUGCAAGUGUGGAAUGUUCUCAACGGGAAAGUGUUCCCUUAACAGCAGAUGAGGUUUUUGAAGUUGUUUAUGGUGUCAGGGAAGUUGAUAAAAGUGUUCAAAAGAAUGGGAAUGAACGGGGUGUUCAAAAAAUUGAGAAUGAAAGAAGUACUCAAAAGGUGGAGAAUGAAAGGAGUGUUCAAAGGAAUGAGAAUGAUCGAGCUCCUUUUAAGAUGGAGAAGCUAGAAAGGACUGAAAAGUCAGGAAUGGUUUUCGUUGUAGAUGCUCACGAACGCAGGGUUCGGAUUGUGUCGAGGGAGGAAAUGAGGAAGCAGUCAACACGCUUAAUUCAUUUGGAAGACUUACCUGAGGAAGAACUUUCUCGUUUUGGAUCCAUCUUUGCUGACGACAUUGAGAGCUCUGAUAGAUUUGUACAUUGUGAUAUUUGUGACCAAUAUUUUGACUUUUGCUGCCUCGAACAUCCACUUUAUCAAUGCCAGGAUCGGGAUCCUGCUGUUAGCGCUCAGAAUUCGCCGUCCAAAGAGGGGGAUGAUAGGGCUUCCUUGACAUUGCCAGGCUUUUUGUAUAUACACAAUUCUCCUAUUCCGAAUGCUGGCAAAGGUGUUUUUGCUAAAGUAGAUAUUCCUGUUGGAAUUGUUUUUGGUAUUUUUUGA